UACCAUUUUGAUUUGGUUUCGUUUAACCUCAGCAAAAAUCAUGAGGAUUAUUCCCUAAAUCUCCUUUUCCAUUUUGAUAAAGUGAAAAAUACAUAAAUAAAAAGAACUAAAGCUGAUUAUUCUCAAUAUUGAUCGGAUCAAUUUAGCAUCCACAUGAAGAUUCUCAUUUGCUAUUUUCGUUAAAUCUUCGUUAAUCUUUAGGUCUCAAGCCAUUUAUGCAUUGUAAUUGGCCCUUUUUGCAUGGGAAAUAUUAUGUCUGCUUCUUCAUUAUCAUCUACUCCUCCUUCCUCAUGGCACUUGAAUAAUUAUUCUGAAUUCUAUCCUCCAUAUUACUGUGUCAAUAUAAAGCCCAUUUAUAUACAGAUCUUUUUAGCAUCUUGGAUUUGUUUAAUCCUUUCAGCGGCCGUGUAUUAUCGCCUCAAGAAAUUCCGAAACCAGAAAAUCGUUCCUCGAAUUGAAGUUUCUCGUACCGGACAGGUUCUCAAGUUUGAAAAGUUCUCCCAUUAUGUAGCUAGACAAAUGGGAUUUGCAGACAGGAGAGAAUGUCCAAUUCUGUGCAAGCUAGCUACUGAGUACAUAAUAAAAUCAGAAGGGUGUGAAGAAGAUAUGUACAACUACUUUGCUAUUGAACCAGAUGCUGAUUCGCUUUUUAUAAAGCUUGUUGAGGAGUUUGAGAGAUGCAUACUUAGUUACUUCGCUUUCCAUUGGAGUCAUGUUCCUUAUAUGAUGAGCCAGGUACUGAGUGCAGAACAUUUUGAGCCCAAAAAGAAGCUCCAAAAGAUUGUCAUGGCUGCUACGAGGGAACAAAGAUUUGAAAGGGUGACAAAGAAUCUGAAGGUUGCAAGAGUUCUUACUACCUUAGUUGAGGAGAUGAAAGCAAUAGGGCUCGUUUCUUCAGACGACUCACACUGCACAGAUGUGAUGGUUCCAAUGGCUCACAAAGAUAGAAGCCCUGUCCUCCUGUUUAUGGGUGGUGGCAUGGGGGCUGGGAAAAGCACCGUGCUCAAGGACAUUCUCAAAGAACCAUUUUGGAUUGGAGCUGCAGCCAAUGUUGUUGUGAUAGAAGCAGAUGCAUUCAAAGAAUCAGAUGUCAUUUACAAAGCUCUUAGCUCUAUGGGACAUCAUGACAUGCUUCAAACUGCUGAACUGGUACAUCAGUCAUCAACAGAUGCAGCAUCAUCCCUGCUUGUGACAGCACUGAAUGAAGGAAGAGAUGUGAUCAUGGAUGGCACACUCUCAUGGAUACCCUUUGUGGUGCAGACCAUAACCAUGGCCAGAAAUGUUCACCGGCGACGUUACCGAAUGGGUGUUGGUUACAAAAAAGAGGAGGAUGGAAGAGUAACUGAAAACUACUGGGAACAGAUUGAUGAAGAAGAACAGGAAACUGAUGGCACUAGAAAGAGAAGACCUUAUAGAAUAGAAUUGGUUGGAGUUGUUUGCGAUGCUUAUUUAGCUGUCACUAGAGGCAUAAGGAGAGCUAUCAUGUGUAGAAGAGCUGUUCGGGUAAACUCACAACUGAAAUCACACAAGAGAUUUGCUAAUGCAUUCAAUACAUACUGUCAGCUCGUGGAUAAUGCAAGAUUAUUUUCCACUAAUACUUUGGAAGGCCCCCCUAAGUUGAUAGGAUGGAAGGACAGAGACAAGACAUUGUUGGUUGACCCUGAUGAGAUAAAUGUGCUGAAAAUGGUAGGGAGGUUGAAUGAUGGAGCUGACUCCAUUUAUGAACUUUACAAGAACCCUCAUCCAGCUUAUCAAUCUGGCUCAGUUUGGAAAGACAUUGUUAUGUCACCUUCUAGGUUGAACAUUCAGAAAGAACUGAAAUAUUCCAUUCAGAAAGUUGAAAGCAUGAGAACCUGAGUGACUGAACAAGGAUUCUUCGAGCCUCCUUUGUACAUUUGAACUUAGGGCUUUGGGUUUUGGAGACCCACAUUCUACCGAACGGAACUGAGAGACUGAAAUGCACUCAUCAGCUAACUUGACCCCUUUCCUUGUUUGUUUUGCUAGGUGAAUCUCUAGAAAAGCCUUCCUCGUCAAUAUGGUGAAGUGCUGAAGCCUUGUAGCUUUUAGUUGAUCUCAUAGAGUUGUACUAGGUUUGAAAUGUGAAAGGUGCUGUUCUUUUUUAAAAAAAAAAAAAAAAAAAAAAAAAAAAAGGAAUAUGAAAGGUGCAUCAUGUUGAUUUAGAAAUAUUUGUCUUUAUUUUAUUUUUUUUUGCGUAUAACAAUGUCUCAAAUAGUUGGUGUAUGUUACAAUAACGAGGAGGUUGGAAAAGAAAUUUUCUG